UUCAAAUACAAGCGGCAGCAGCAGUGAUGAGGAUUUAGUCCAGUACAGCCAUCAUAUUUCAGACAUAAAGCAUAAGUACCCUGAGGAUAAAACUGCAGGAAGAGGAAGUUGAGUUUCAAAUAUCCUAAAACCAAGGGGGAGCCAUUGUUGAAGAAACAUUAUGGAGCGGAUGGUACAGACGAUAUAGGCUUUGAUCGCCAACAGCUUUGCUCAUCUGACGAGUCUUCUUCUAGGGGCACAAAUCCGAGGAAACUUCUCCGAUUUCAGUCUCUGAGUUUGGAGAUGAAAGUUUUGCUAUGGGUAGUUGGGAGCAGAAAGAAAUAAUAAGCCGUGAUGGACAAAUAACAGCCUUGGUUGCUGUCAUAGCUGAUUGGUUCCACUGCAAUCCUGAAGAUAUGCCCAUCAAGUCCCAACUUGAUUCUCUUAUCUGUGAAGGCUCGAUGCAAUAGAGGGAUCUUUGUGAAAACGAUACCUAUAGGGAACGUUUCCCAGAUAAGCAUUUUGACCUCGAGACAGUUCUCGAGGCUAAAGUGCGUCCACUCUCAGUAGUCUUAGAAAAAUCAUUCAUUGGGUUCUUUCAUCCCGAAGGAAUCGAAGAAGAGGAAGGAUUCCACUUCCUUCAUGGUUCCAUGUCUUUUGACAACAUAUGGGACGAGAUUUCUAAGUCCGCUCACGAAACUCCUCAUCAUGGCGACUCCUGUGUUAACAUUGUGAGUUGGAAUGACCACUUCUUUAUCCUCAAGUUUGAAAAAGACGCGUACUAUAUCAUUGACACACUUGGGGAGAGGCUUUUUAAGGGUUGUAAUCAGGCAUAUAUCCUCAAAUUCGACCAAGAUACAACAAUUAUGCAAGCACCUGGUGAGUCUCAAUAAUCAGAUGAUAAGCCAUCUUGUGAUAGAAAAGAUAAAAUCGAUGUCAAAGAGGCUGCAGAUGAAAGCAAAAUUGUCAUGAGCACCAACAGCGACGACAGUAUGCAGGAAGACAGGGUACCUGAAAAGAACAUCAUUUAUAGAGGUAAAGAGGCAUGUAAAGAGUACAUUAAGAGUUUUUUGGCAGCAAUCCCUAUUAGGGAGUUACAAGUUGAUGUAAAGAAAGGAUUGAUGGCAUCGACACCCCUUCAUCAGCGCCUACAAAUCGAGUUCCACUACACAAUGAGCUUUGUUCCCAAGUUUGAGGAGUAAUCUUCAAAAGAACUGAUUGCUACCAGUUUGGCCAUAGUACCAUCGGCAGCAGCAGAAUAAGCAACGAUUGGUAAAGCUUUACGAGUAUAUACAUAGCGCUAAUCCUUUUUGUUCUACAUACCAUUUAGGAAUUUUGACCUGGAGAGUCUCUUCUUUGUUUUCAUUCGUAUAUUUUCU